AGCCAAAAAAGGGUUAACUGCCUCAAAUCCCUCCCACUGCCCACCAUUACAUGACAAAAUCCCAACUCCCAGAUACAAACAACUUGCUGGCCGGCUACUUCACAUGCCACCAAAAUCCAACACGAGCAGUGCUCCGAAGCCUACAGCGUGCGCGAUCAAUUACAAGGAGAACCACCUUUUGUAGCCAUGAAAGUGAUGUUGAUACCCUCAAACCCCUAUCUGCCUCUGGUUGUUAAUAUAGACAUCUGAAAAGCCUGAAACUUUGCCAAGAAGGGUCUAUUUUGCCCAAUUUGACUUCAAAUAUGUUUCUUGGGAUGAGAGUUUCAUUUUCCCCCUUCACUGAUCAGUCUCUCUUUUGGGUAGAACCAUAAUAUACAUAUACCCCCACAAUAAAGCUGAAAUGUCUAUUUUCCUUUGAUUCAUGUGCACAAUUCUCCCUAUCUCACCACAAAUUGGAUUUCAAAGGUACCACCCACUGCUCCUACAUAGUCAGGUCACUUUCUCUUUUCCUCUGCUCCUUUUUCUGAUUUCUCUGAUCAGUCUUUCAAAUUUAAACCUUGUUCUCUCCAUAUUUGCUUUUGCUUCUUAAUUUUUUUUGUCUUUCUAAUCUCUUUCAAACUUUUUGUCAAUGAUGCAAUUCACACCCCCAUUACCCCCUUUGCACCAAAUCACACCCAUUUUUUCAAACCCAUCUUCCAUGAACAAAAAUAACCAAAUUCCUAGGAAUACUAGGCCAUGGCCUGCAGGGUUCCCUACUUCCAAAUCCCUAAGUAGCUUCGGAGACGCCAACUGCAUGGAGCAGUUACUUGUUCACUGCGCCAACGCCAUCGAAACCAACGAUGUAACCCUCGCCCAGCAGAUCCUCUGGGUCCUCAACAACAUAGCUCCCCCAGAUGGUGACUCCAACCAGCGCCUAGCUCACAGCUUCCUCAGAGCCCUAACUGCCCGAGCAGCCAAGACCGGAAGCUGCAAAAUGCUUGUAGAAACUGUAGCUGUCCCUCCCAACAAUAACAACUUCACUGUAGACACGCACAAAUUCUCAGUCAUUGAACUAGCCAACUUCGUUGACUUGACCCCUUGGCAUCGCUUCGGCUUCACUGCCGCCAACGCCGCUAUACUUGAAGCAACGGAAGGAUACUCAGUCAUCCACAUCGUGGACUUAAGCUUGACACAUUGCAUGCAGAUUCCUACUCUCAUAGACGCCAUUGCCAGCCGCCACGACGGCGCGCCGCCGGUAAUCAAGCUCACCGUACCCGGCUGUAAUUAUAGCCGUGAAAUCCCGCCGGUUCUCGACCUUACUCACGAUGAGCUUGGCGCUAAGCUGGUGAAUUUUGCUAGGUCAAGGAACGUGAUCUUGGAAUUUAGAGUGGUUUCUUCAAGUUACACUGAUGGUUUCGCAGGUUUGAUUGAACACUUGAGAGUGCAGCGCUUGAUUCACGCGGCGGAAGCUCGUGCUGCUGAAGCUUUGGUUGUGAACUGUCACAUGAUGCUUCAUUACAUCCCUGAAGAAACCCUAUCAACCUCUUAUAAUGCUUAUGAUUCUUCUUGUGCUAGUUCAAGCAUGUCUUUGAGAUCAUUAUUCCUUAAAGCAUUGAGGGGUUUGGAUCCAACGAUUGUCGUUUUGGUGGAUGAAGAUGCAGACUUAACAUCCAGCAACUUGGUUUGCAGAUUGAGGUCUGCUUUUAAUUACCUCUGGAUCCCUUACGACACUGUGGACACGUUUCUUCCAAGAGGGAGCAAGCAAAGGCAGUGGUAUGAAGCUGACAUUUGCUGGAAGAUUGAGAAUGUGAUAGCGCAUGAAGGGGUGAAUAGGGUUGAGAGGGUGGAGCGUAGGACUGUGUGGGAACAAAGAAUGAGGAAUGCGAGCUUUCAAGGGAUUGGUUUUAGUGAGGACUCUGUGGUUGAGGUGAAGGCUAUGCUGGAUGAACAUGCUGCUGGGUGGGGAUUGAAGAAGGAAGAUGAGCAUGUUGUGCUCACUUGGAAAGGGCACAAUGUUGUUUUUGCUUCUGCUUGGUUGCCUGCUUGAUCAUUUUUGCACUCUUUGUAUUCUGAAUAAUAAAACAUAUUUUCUUAUUUAGUGUUUUUGGUCAUCAAUCUCAUGAAUAGUUUUAUUGUAUUUUCAAGAGUAAAUAAGUAGAUGAGAAGUUGUUUGUA